AUGAAUUUGUGGGGCGUUAUUGAAAUAUUUGUGGGGUUGCAGUCGUUUCCUGUAAUGGUAGGCUACCUGAUUAUGGUGUUCUUGGCAUCAUUCUACCACAAAAUCACCAAACCCCUGUCACUGCGCAUGCUGAUGAUAGUUUACAACUCGUUAUGUAGUAUAGCCAGCGUUGGUACUUGUAUUGCGUUUGGUUACGGCAUGUACAACGUCAGGUCCGUCUUUGCAUUGGAUUCAUCUGAUGUUCUUAAACACGCCUUUCUAAUUUACUGGAUUAUGAAAAACAUUGAGCUAUUAGACACAGUGUUCAUGAUUCUACGUCACAAGCACCGCCAGAUAUCGUUCCUGCAUGUAUACCACCAUUCGUCAAUGGUUCUUUUAAGUGACUUUGCUUAUCAAUAUUCUCCGUAUGCUGGUAUUGCGUUUCUACUAUCGCUCAACUCUUUUGUCCACAUUUGGUUAUAUUACUAUUAUAGUAUUACAGCCUACGAUUCUAGCCAAUCACCAUCCUGGAAGAAACGCAUCACGCAGCUACAGAUCGCACAGUUUGUCAUCGCGAUUGUGCAUACCACUCUGGGAUACCAAGCACAUGGGUUCUGUGUUUACAGUAUGUUUUAUUCAUGGAGCAUGAUGGCCUUAUUCAGUAAUUUCUAUUAUCAAGCUUUCAUAAGGAAAAGAAAACCUAAAUCAAUAUGAUAGGCCUACAAUACAUUUGUAAUGAUUGUUAGGCCUGUAAUAUUUUUGAGAAAAUGUUUUGUCUGAACUAGCGCUGGUAAAGAUCAAUUGAUUCCAUUCGGAUUCGAAGCCCCAGUGGUCCAAUUGGUUUAAGGUGUCUGUGUAGACAGCAAAAAGCAUCUGGGUCCUUAGCGAUUUUACGAAGGAAAAUAGUUAUA